CCUCCCUUAUUUCCUUGGUGUAGUUUGCGAACAGUGCGUGCUUGAAUUUAGGAGAGAUGGAAGGCCCUGUCGGCGAUGCCACCCUUGUCUUUGACAACUUCGAUAUCGACCUUCUCGUCAAAGUGCUGGUCCACACGGCAUUCAGUCCUUUCUUUACUUUCUUUAUUCCUGUCUUUUACUACUUUCAAGGUGCACGAUGGCCGAAUCCGAUACUUGUCGUGUCAAGUGGUUACUACGUCGCAAUCUCUGCAUUCUGGCUCGUCAAAUGGUACUCUCGCCUAUUUCGCAACCAGGGCAGCCUGCUCUUUGGGCCUCCACGGUUUGACUGGGGAGAGCAGAUUGUGGUCAUUACCGGAGGGUCCUCUGGGAUAGGCGGGCUAAUUGCGAACACACUUGCCGUACGCAAUGUGACUGUCGUUGUCCUGGACAUCGAUCCCAUCGAGACUGAAAAUUACAAUAUCGCCUAUUACAAAUGCGAUGUUUCCAAAUGGGAGGAGGUGCAAGCAGUCGCCAAGAAGAUCCAAGAAGAGCUUGGACACCCAACGGUGUUGAUCAAUAAUGCCGGUGUUGUGCAAGGAAAAUUGCUGGUCGACCUGACUCCAGAGGAUAUUCAGCAAACUCUCUCCGUCAAUACCCUAGCGCACUUCUGGACUCUCAAAGCCUUCCUGCCAGAGAUGAUCAAGCAGAACAAGGGACACGUCAUUCACAUGGCCUCUGUUGCCGGCAUGGUUGGCAUGGCACGAAUGACGGACUAUUGUGCUUCCAAGGCUGCACUAAUUUCUCUUCACGAGUCUCUGCGCUACGAGCUUGAUCAUCAAUACCGUGCUCCUGGAGUCCGAACCACACUGGUCGUCUCAGGACGCGUGCUCACGCGGAUGUUCUCAACUGUCCGCCUUUCCCAGAACUGGCUUUUCAAGUUCUUUGUUCCGAACCUCCCCCCAAUCGCAAUCACGAAGGCUGUCAUUGCUGCUCUAGAUGAGCAACAUUCACGCACGAUCUACCUGCCAUUCUAUGCCAACUUUGUGCCCUUCGUACCGUUGCUACCCAGCUUCCUUCGUGAUUUCUCUCAAUGGCUGUCUGGAUGUGAUCACGCCAUGGAGGAUUUUGUGAAGCUUUCGGGACGUCGACCGGAAGAGGGACCCGCGCCCAAGGCUGCAGUUCUCUCUAAGGCGUACUAAAGGGUCUUUCGGCUCACACAGUGCGAGUUCUGACUUCAUUGGCCUCUAUGUGCAUAGUAGGGCUGGCACAGAAUGGAUGUUGAAAAU